CCAAACUUGCGUUCAGCAGUCGAUUUUCUCAGUGUUUCAAACACAAAGAGGAAAAUCGUGUUUAUAAGCGUUUGCAUCUAUAAUUUUUUUUUAACUUCCAGUUCCCGAUGCUGUCCAGAGCCUUUUUUCAUCAUGAAAAAUGCAUGCAAAGCAUUUUCAAGGUACUCAAAUGGACAAAACACUGAAAACAGGAUGUUUCUACCAAGCUUGUCACACAUUGUAAUGACCAAUUCACACCAUGGACCUCUACCACCCUUGGAAACAAAAGAUAUGUUAAUGACCAUUCACACCUCAAAUUCCUCAUGA